AUGCGUCAUCGUAGGGGUUCGCUCGCAAAAGAUAUAAGAUCUGCACUCUUUAAAGUGUGUAACAUUCCUGAAAUAAAAGCGAAUGCAGGCAUAAAAAUUGCCAAUUGGAAAAAAGAUAAUCGUAUAAUGAAAGCUUAUUCAAGUCUGUGGAAUACAGAUGAUACUGGACUCUCUGUAAUUAAUGAAAUUAUCAUAAAAGCAAUGCCAAAAGAGUCCAAAAAUAAUUGUUUGACGCCUUCAAUUAUUUCCUUUGCUCUUGCUGUCUGUAGCAUUGUUUUGAAUCCACACAGUAAUGAGAUUCGUUGUACAGAAGAUGCUAUUAAAAAGCGAUCUUCAAUCUUUCUGAUGUUAUUAAAAGAAAAUAAAAUACCAAAAGAAUCUGACAUCCCAGAUGAUUCAAAUGAAAAAGAAAAAUCAAGUCUUGAUAGUACUGAUGAAAGUUCUGAAGAUAAUGAUGAUUCAAGAUUAUUUGAGUAG